UGGUUUCUCUCUACCAAACCCUCUUUAUAACCCACCACUUACCUCCUUCCUUCCUUCACACCAAUCUCAGACUUUGUCUCUCUAUAAUCUCUCUCUCUAAGGAACCCACAUCAGUGAGCAAGCACUCAUGGACAAUACAGUCGCAAGAAGGCCUUGUUUCAUUGAAGAAGACGGUGGUUUGGCCUCUCUUACAGAUUCAGAAGCUGGUUUCUCGGGAAACAAUCACCACCACCAUUUCUUCUCUAGGCCUCUGUUUUACAGUGCUUCACAGUUGCAGCGAAGUGGUAGUAUUAGGAGUCUCUCUGGUUUUUCAUCUGUCUCUUCUCCGAGACCUGGGAGGCUAUGUGAUGGCAGAUUAUAUGAAGAACACCAACCCCAUUUCUUAGAAGCCUGUUCUCUCUGCAACAAACCUCUUGGUGGUAACAGAGACAUCUUCAUGUACAGAGGAGACACUCCAUUCUGUAGUGAAGAGUGCAGACAAGAGCAGAUAGAGAUAGAUGAAGCCAAAGAGAAGAAUUGGAACCUAUCUGCUUCCAAGAAAUUAUUGAGAAAAGACCAGAAAAAAUCCAAUCCUCCCCAAACAACUACAGAGUACCCCUUCCAUACAGGCACAGUGGUAGCUGGUUAAUCAGAUCAACCCUCCAAAGAAAAAGAAAUAUAUAUUUUCUAACCAAAAAAAAAAAAAAGGGAGGUAAAUCUGUGAUAUUGUCCAAGGAGGAGGAGGAGAAGGUGAAAAUCCAAUUUAGGUUUAUAUAUAUACAUAUAAGGUUUGAGUUUGUUGGGUGUGCUUUACAAUUACUCCGUUUUGGUGGUUGGUGGUGAAGAUCUUCCUUCCCUUUUAUUGUUUUCUGUUGGUGUUUUUACAUCAUACUGAUGACUAAUGAGAAAGCUCCUAAAGAGUAAUACAACUUCUGUGAAUCUAGGGCUUGUUUCUCUUCAAUUUUUUUAAUCUUCUGUUUUGAUUGGUUGUGGUGGUCAUUUUGGUCUUCAAUUGGUGUAUGUUUCUCCUUUUGCAGAAAGGUAGAAACUGAGAGGAAUAUAGAGUUUCCUUCCAAGUUGUGGAAAUCCAAUUUCUACUAGAGAGGGAAAACAUGAAAGGCAUAUUUCCACCACAAUUCCCCUGAAAAAUAUAGAGGAAAAGAAAUCUAUAAAGCUUGUCCAUGAAUUACAUAUUUACGGUUUCAAUGGCCACUUCCAAGACAUCAAUGGGUCAAUACCCCAGGAGGGGGGACCUGGCUCGGCAAAGAGGGCGGAAGAUAACUCCUUUUAAGGAUUUUAUUGUUUUUUUAGUAAAUAUGUAAAGAUUUCAUAUGGGUUGAAGGGUUUUUAAUUACUGUUGUUAGACCUAAUUAUGUAAAAUCUUAAAACGAAUGGAUUUGAGAGAGUUAAUAUACUUCUGUUCAAAUAAUAAAGUGUAUGGAUGUAUUGAGAUAUUUGAAAUUCACGUUUGUUAAGAAUUUUUUUUU